AUGAGUUAUCAUUGUUAUUCAAGUGAUGGAGAUUAUCUCGAUUUUAAGUGCUACAAUAGAUAUAAAGAGAGAUUUAUAGAUAGAAAAAAUAGAAAAAUACAUAGUGAUUGUGUAGCACCUGUAAAAGCAUAUAUCUCUGAACUAUCAAGUGAUAAGAAAAAAUUUGAAAAAGUUUUUGAGGAACUAGCAUUAUAUUUAAGUGACGGUCAGGUUCUUUAUAAUGAAUGCAACAUUGACAUAUGUUGUCGUUAUAUGAGCUACUUGAUACAUGAAAAAAUCAGAAAUUUGAAUAAUACCAAUUAUGAUGAAAACAUAUUUAAAGACUUCCAGAAUUUUGCAAAGAUGGUGAUCGAAACAAUAGGAAUGAACAAAUGUAAGAAAAAUUUUAAUUACUUGACUACAAAUGUAAUUAAUAAAAUGCAGAUCUUAUAUAAAUUGUAUGAUUACUAUAACGAAAUUAUAACACUCAAGGAAAAUGAUGAAGAUUAUAAAACUAAAUUAUGUAAUACCCUAUCUCUAUUUGUUAAAACAUUUAAUGAAAUAAAUGUUGAUCUUUUAGAGGAUGAGGCAUUUUACCGUAAAUUAGAAGAACUUAAAAAUUUUAUAAAACCAAAACAUGCAUGGACAACUGAUAAAACAUGUCCAAGUAAUCUAAACAGUAUAACAUUAAAAAAAAAGGAUCCUCCAUCUGAGACAGUAGCUUCUCAUCAAAAUCAAGCACAAUUAGCAUUAACGCACUCAUUAACAUCAGAAGUUGUCCAAGGGCAACAAACUUAUUCAGGAUCACAUGUUGCACCAAAAUCAGUAGUUCAAUCAGGAUUAGAAGAACCAUUACGUUCUGAUACUGGGUCAACAUCACAUGUUGAAUCAGGAUUAAGAGAUAGUUUAGAAUCAAAUGGCACAUUAAGUUCAGAAGAAGAAUUAGCAUCAUCCCUAUCAAAAGAAUUAGAUAAUGGACCCAAAGCUAUCGAAAUGUUAAACCCAUCGUAUGAAAGAGAACCAGUAGGAACAUAUAGGUAUUCAUCAUUUUAUAGACAUAAUAUUGCAGAUGAUAAACAUAUAGAUACACGGGAUGAAGGGAGGCUCAUAGGAAAUCUACAAACUCCGACAGAUGAUCAAGGAGUAUUAUAUACUCCAGUUGGAACCUUCUUUAGAGGAGGAAGAGGACGCGCACAUAGAAUACCGCGUAGUUUUAAUGGACAAUUCCUAGGAGGAUUUCAAGGAUAUGAAGAUUAUGAUGUUGGGCAUAUUGGAUAUGGUCCAAUGAAUCCUCUAGCGGAAUAG